CUAGUUAUUCUUGUGCAAUUAUUUAGUCACAAUAAAAUGACAAAAUAUAAACAAAAACUGCGAGAAGUUUGGCUGCACAUGCCCGAGUUCAGAGCAUGGCUACGCCGUGAUCCGGAGGACUCAUACAGAGCGCAUUGUCGCUUCUGCAAAUGCGGAGUAAACACAAAAAUGUGCGACUUGCGCGCCCAUGCACUGACAAAAAAACAUAAGAAAAUGAAAGCUUCAGUUGAAUCCAGAAGAAAUGAUUCGAGCAACGAGGAAGAUGACCCCGGGUUUGAGGACCACAGUACUGAGUACAAGUACAAGCCGAAAGCGCCAAGACCGAAACGACCAAAAACCAAUUCCAAUUCCACGGACACCACAAAUAACAUUAAAACGGAAAAUAGAAACAGCAAUGGUCCCGAUUACGAGGCCAUUAUUGAGGGUCUAGCGUUAUACGAACCAGAGCAGGUAUUGUUCUCCAAUGGCUCCACGCUUUCGGACGAUCAAAUUGUCAAGUCCGAGAGCCAAAUUAACAUGGAUGAAGAAAUUAUCAGCAAUGCUGUUACGGCUGCCGUCAGAAACCUAAAAGAUUCAGCUCAAAUCUUUGGCGAUUUUGUUGCUGAUCGACUGCGCCAAUUGUCGGAGAAAACAUCGGAAUUAACCAAGGAUAAACUAAUGCAGGUCCUCUUGGAAGCUGCUUCCCUAGACAGAUCGACCACUGACGACUGACACCGAAUAUAUAAUAAUUCGAAAUGUAUAAUUUAAAUAAAAUUCACAAUCAGCCUUAAGUACAAACAAUUAUUACUUGUUCGAAGUUUAUUUUUAUUGAAACUAGAUUUGUAUAAAAGAGU